AUGCUUCUUUACAUUGUUAUAUUUUUGUUUGUUCAUCAUGGUGCCUUUUUUUCUACAUUAGAAAUAAAUAAAAAUAAUAAAUAUACCUUUAUAAAUAAUGUUCAUAAUAUACAACAUACAACAAAAUUACGCGCCACAGGAGGGAAAAUUGGAGGUAAGAUAAUAGGACAUGGUCAUUCUUACCCAUCAAAUGAAAUUGAUAAUGACGAAUUAAGAAAAUAUGUUGACACAAGUGAUGAAUGGAUAACAAGUAGAACAGGAAUAAAAAAAAGGAGGAUACUAAAAAAAAAUGAAAAUAUAUCAAUGCUACAAAUAGAAAGCGCUAAUGAGGCUUUUAAAAGUUGUGCAUUAAACCCCCUAAAUGUAGAUAUGAUUAUCAAUGCAUCUUCUACACCUCAAAAUUUAUUUGGUGAUGCAAACAAUAUUAGCAACAAACUUGGGUGUAAAAAUAGUGUUAAUAUGGAUUUAACAGCUGCUUGUACAGGAUUUGUUUUUGCCUUUGCUACAGCAUAUAACUUUUUGCCCAGAUAUAAAAAUAUUCUCAUAAUUGGCAGUGAUGCACUGAGCAACUUUGUUGACUGGAGAGAUCGUAACACUUGUGUCUUGUUUGGUGAUGGUGCAGGUUAUCACUUCAAUGACGCGAAAUUACAUAACUGUGUCUUAUUCUUUGUAGGUGCUGUUGUAUUGCAAAGAACAGACCCCAAUGAAGAAAAUAAAAUUUUUAAUUAUUACCUUGGAUCGAAUAGUGAAUUAAAUGAUCUAUUAACUAUAAAUUUUGAAUAUGAUAAAUAUAGCUUAGACAGUCCUAAUGCAAAUAAGUAUGGAAAAUUAAAUAUGAAUGGGAAGGAAGUAUUCAAAUAUACCAUAAGCCAUAUACCUAAAAUUUUACAAAAAAUUGCGCAAGAUUCCAAUAUAAAAAUGGAAGAUAUAGAUUAUUUUAUUUUCCACCAAGCUAAUAUAAGAAUUAUAGAAACUGUGGCAAAAAAUUUAAACAUACCUUUAUCAAAAGUUUUAGUAAAUCUAGAUGAACAUGCGAACACUUCUGCAGCUUCAAUACCUUUGUGUUUCUCAGAAAAUAUACAUAAAGGAAAAAUAAAAAGGAAUGACAUCAUUUGCAUGUGUGGCUUUGGAGCUGGGAUGUCUUAUGGAUGCGUUAUAUUUAAAUAUUAA